UCUUAUUGUCUGAAAAUGAAGUAUUAUCACCUGAAUGUUUCAGUACAAAAAGGCGGCUCCAGUUUGUGCACUCUGGUGCACCAUUGCCUGGGAAGGCCGCUCGACAAGUCCGACCAGUUCUCCAAUUGGGAGAAACGUCCUCUGCGCGAGAGCCAAAUUUCUUAUGCCGCCCUCGACGCGUUUUGCCUCAUUGAGGUCUACGACGUGUUGCAUAAGUGCUGUGAUAAUGCUGGCUUCCCGUUCGAAGAAACCUGCUACAACCUUAUGACGAACGAGAAGGCAGCCAAGAAGAAGCCCAAGAAGUUCACCAAUAAAAAUAAACUUUCUUCUCCGAAACAAGAGUACUCCCAAGCUGCGAGUCCUCACGAGCAUCCUGUUGCCGCGGAAGAACUCAAAGUCGUCUGUGAUACUAUGCUGCAAGGUUUGGGGAAGAAGUUGAGGAGCUGCGGCAUCGAUACAGCCAUUUUGGAGAACAAUCAGCAUCACACGGAUUGCGCAAAGUACGCUAUGGACCACAAUAGAUAUAUUUUGACGAAGGGGUUUGAGACGUUCAAAACGUUGCGUGGUUAUGUUCCUUCUGGACACUGUCUCAGGAUCAUUAGCGACGAUGUUGAAGAACAACUCAGAGAAGUGAUAAACUAUUAUAAGGUUAUAAUAACCAAGGAUCAUGUGUUCAGUAGGUGUCAGGUGAGAAUUUAUUUGAAUAAACCAUACGAAAUAUGUGUCUUGAAUAUAUAGAGUGGCAUUUAUUCAUAUCAUAUUAUUUUCAGU